CUCCAGAUCUAGACGUGUGCAGCUCUUGCGACGGCAAAUCUGCACACUUGACGUCGACAUUCGGAGGAAAAGAGGGAAACGACGAUGCCCUUCUCUCUUGGAGGAAGAGAAGGAGCUCGUUCAACACGAUGACGCCAAUCAGACUAGGCCUUGAUGACACAGCUCUGGAUUGUUUGGGGGGAUGGAUACAUUAUGUCAUCAACACCAAAUUCGCACCAAAAUCGGAGUGAUGGUCACUUCAACUGGGAAACUGCACGGGAAUGCGCGCUUGCCUAUAAAUGGCGUUCUUCUCUACUCGUUAGUGCCGUGGAAACCCGUUAUAUUAGCUAGAGGCUAGUGAAGAAGAUGGCAGAGCCUCAAGGUGACGAUGCUGCUAGCGUGGUUCCAUCGCUCUCUAGCAACAGGCUCCGCGCUGCUGUCAAUAGCAAUGACGACCUGGUAGAGAACGAAGAGCAGGACGACGGAGACUUUGGUGUUCUUGGGGGACGAGACAAUGCUGGAACAGCAGCUGGCUCUUCAGUUGGAGCUCCUUCGACCGCCAUGUCGGCUCGAGCGUCAGCCUUCCGCUUAUUGGAACAGUACUUCGAGGCGGACAUGCUGACCCUCGACCAGCUGCAGUUCCACAAAGAAAAAUACGCCAAGCUCCACUCCUGUGUGUUGGCCACUUACAAACACGAGAAACAACUGUUAAAAGAAGCCAAGGCACUCAAUCGAGAUCUCCUUGGGGAGAAGAUUCAGGUGGAGAAGCAGGCCAUUCGCAAGGCAGAAGAAGUAGCUGCGUUCUCGUCCGUAGAACGCGAGAAGGACCGAGCAUUGAAGGAGUUGGCUGAAGCCGUUGACCGCGAUGCAAUCUUAGCCUUCGAAAUCACAGAACUGCAGCGAGAAUACGCCGAUCUGGUGGCCGAAAAAGAGGCCAUUCUAGCUGCCCACGCCCAACUUAUCGAACCUGAGGUAAAACAGCUCACGACAGAGAUCGCUGGACUCUCCGAAGAGACUCAUCGCUUGGAUAGCGAGCUGACAAAGGACACACAACGCAAGAAAGAAUAUCUAGCGCGGUUAGACUUUUUACAUCAAGAAAACGCACGUCUUGAGCAGACUAGUGCUGCUGAGCUCAAGCGUCUAAACCAGCUUCAAGGAGAUCCUGAUCGUAUGCAAAAACAAGCUGAUGUGGUUGCACGUGCGGUGGCAGCUUUAGAAAAGGAGACUAACAAAGAUAAGGCUCGCGCUGGCGAGUUACAAGCUGCUGUUGACGCUACGGCUGCGAAGCUACGCGAUGCCGAUGAAGUUCAUCGUGAACUCGCGCAAAAGCUGGAUGUACAUCGAGAGACGAUCGACCAGCGUCAGCGAGACGUAGAUCAUGUGACGCUGCAUCUUCGGGAAGAGCAGAAUGUCAACGUAAUGAGACUUGGAGAGAAGACUCGACUUGAUAUGCGUGCAAAGGCUUUGGAUCUAGCUACACGCCGUGAAAACGAAAGGUGUACAAAGUCACAAAAAGACUAUGAUCGCUUGAAACGCGAGCUUAAGAAACAAAUUCUUUUACUAGACAGUAGCAAGGCAUUGCUACCGAAUCUUCGAGCUCAAGUUGUUGAUGUACAACAUCAAAUAUCAGCACUACGAUCAGAAAACAAAGAUCAAGCUCAGCGUCAACUGGACGUGAAGCAGCAGGUGGAUCUACUCAUCGCUCGUUUCUUAAAGCAGGAGGACGGCGAGAAAGUUCAAAGUGCAGAGCUUGAAGCUCUAUCUGCACAAGUGGCCGAAUUCGAAGCCGAAGUUGCUCAAUGGUUAAUAGAAGAAAGCAAGCAGAAGAAAUUAGUGACAAUGCUGACUGCACAGCGAGAGUUGAAAGCUCGUGAAGCCACAUCGGCCUUAAAUUCCGAGCGUCAAACGCAGCAGGAGCUUAAAACCAAGGAGCUCGUGAUUUUUGACUUGGCAAAGAAGUGGAACGAAACGACAAACCACUUGCGUGAAUUCUCAGCCCUGUACGAUGUCGUCAAAAAUGAACGAAACAAGUACGUGAAUCUCAUCCAGGCCUCGACUCAAGCUUUAGCUGAGAUGAAAGAAAAGAUCAAGAUUCUUAACAACGAAGUAGAAGUGCUUCGUAACGAGUCACUAGCGAAGGACAAGGCACUCGUGAAAGAAAAACUAGCGCAUUCGACAGCGCAAUGCUCGCGUGACUCGCUGCGUCUCGACACCAACAAGUCUCACGAUGCCUAUCGGACGAAACAGGAACAGGUUGAGCAACAAAUUGUUGAAAUUGACAAGCUCAAUGGUAUUAUUACACAUACGGAGAAGGAAUUGCUGCGUUUGAAGAAAAAAUACGAGCUUGCAGUGGAUGCACGGAACGCCACUGGUGUGCAGCUCAUUGAUCGCAACGACGAGUUGUGUAUUCUUUACGAGAAGUCAAAUUUGCAGGAACAAGCUCUCAGUGCUGGUGAAACCGGAUUGACACGCAAAGACCAGGAAAUUCGAGUGCUUAAAAUCCAACUCGCUGAUCUCCAGCGUCAACUGGAAAAUGCUCGGAGACAGUUACCAUAUCUACCUGAGCUUGCGCAACGUAUUCUGUCCUUACAAGAAGAAUUAAAGCAAGAGAAGGACGUGACGGAAUUGCUGUGUCGCGAUCUAGAAACUCCAAAGAACAGCGAUCGAUGGCGUUCUCUGGGUGGUGAGGACCCGGACGAGGAACAAUUGGCAGCCAAACUUGCAUAUUUGGAGGAACGAUAUCACCAAAAAAAGGAGCAAUUGCUUGAGAAAGAACUCGUACUGGAAGAAGUCACUGGUUUAUCCAAUAAGCUUCGAACGCAGGCCGCUGCACGUCGCGGCGAAACUUUGGAGCUUGCCAAACGGGUGAACGAUUUCCAAGGUCGAAUCAAGGAGACAACGCGUCGUAUGAUGGCUGUUGUCUCUGAGCUGUCGAUGUAUCAAGCAACAGCAAUGAAACUCCAGCAGGAGAAACACGACACUACUAUUGAUGUUGAGGAGUGCCAAAAGCGCACUCUAGCGGGUUAUGCACCAAACGCAUAUUGCGAGCAGCAACUUGUGCGGUUGCAAUCUCAAAAAUUACACAAUAGUGAGGUUCGAGCUGCUACAGAGAUGGCGAAGGCUGCAACCGCACAUGCUGCCAACUUCCCGUCUCAAUUCACAUAUACAACCGCAGAAGCUCGACCAAAUGCCUACAUUCCAGAAGACUUGGGGAUCCCAAAGCCUUACGGGCAACAGGCACCCUUCAAGCCUACACAACAAGGAACAACGAUGCGCCACAUUCGCAUGCCGCAAAAACGCGAUAUCGAGAUCUAGUCGGAAGCGGUUUGCUACAUUUAUCGAUUCAUUAUUGCACUACGAUGUUCCAAGCGUGAUUGUAUUACGCGCUUGUACCAUCAGUAGCCUGCUGUGUAA